AUGGCAACAAAUAUACCGGAAUUCAAAUUAGUUUUAGUUGGCGAUGGUGGUGUUGGUAAAACAACGUUUGUUAAACGCCAUUUAACUGGCGAAUUCGAAAAGCGAUAUGAAGCUACCGUUGGUGUUAGUGUGCAUCCAUUGAGAUUUCAUACAAGUUUAGGUGAAAUCAUUUUCGAUGUUUGGGAUACAGCAGGUCAAGAAAAAUUUGGUGGCUUACGUGAUGGUUAUUAUAUUGGUGGACAAUGUGCUAUUUUAAUGUUUGAUGUAACAUCACGUAUAACUUAUCGAAACGUUCCCAAUUGGCAUAAAGAUCUAGUUCGUGUUUGCGAAAAUAUUCCCAUGGUUUUAUGUGGAAAUAAAGUCGAUGUAAAAGAUCGAAAAUUAAAAGCAAAAUCAAUAACAUUUCAUCGAAGAAAUAAUAUGCAAUAUUAUGAUCUUAGUGCUAGAUCAAAUUAUAAUUUUGAGAAACCAUUUCUUUGGUUAGCACGAAAGCUAUCUGGCAAUGAACAUCUUCAAUUUGUUGCUCCAGUGUCAUUACCACCACCAGACGCAGGCAUAUUUUUAGACGUGGAAGAUAUUAAAGCCCGUGAACGGUUAAUUGAUCAUAUAAUGACUCAACCAUUACCCGAUUAUGACCAAGAUGACGACGAUCUGUGA